GUCCCCUCCCAGCAACAAAAAGAAGAUGGCUUUGCAUUACACCGGGCCCUCUUCUGCAGCAAAGGAUGUGAGCACGCCAGAGGAUACGGCCAGAAAGCAGCUCUCCACAAACGGUGAACAGAGUGUGAACAAAUCCCUCUGCAGUGACACAGAAAGCCUCGGUGGGAGCUGUGAAUCUCGGUCCCUGGACUCUCCCAAUUCCAGCCCAGGAAACUCUGACAGAAAAUUGCUGAAAGCUCCAUCCACCGGCACCAUGUCCUCCUCAGAUGAUUUUGAAGAGAGAGAUUCCCUGCAAACCUUUGAGAAUGAAAACGGGACAUCCCAGCAGCAGUUUAGGAACAUCCUCCUCUCCAGCGCAGCGCAGACCCACCGGCUCCGGAAACUACGGGGACCGUCCAAGUGCAGGGAGUGCGAUACCUUCAUGGUCAGCGGCUUCGAGUGCGAGGAGUGCUGCCUGGCCUGCCACAAGAAGUGUCUGGAGAACCUGCUCAUCACCUGCGGCCACAAGAAGCUGCCCAACCGAGUCCCUCUUUUUGGCAUCGACUUCACGCAGGUUCCUCGAGAUUUCCCAGAAGAAGUUCCCUUCGUAGUGGUGAAAUGCACCUCGGAAAUCGAAGCCCGCGCCCUCAGCGUGCAGGGGAUCUAUCGGAUAAGCGGAUCCAAAGCCCGGGUGGAAAAGCUGUGCCAGGCGUUCGAGAAUGGACGGAGCCUGGUGGAGCUCUCCGAACACUCCCCCCACGACAUCACAGGGGUCCUGAAGCAUUUCCUGAAAGAACUUUCGGCGCCGGUGCUGCUGUCCCAGCUCUAUGACGACGUCAUCGCCCUUGCCAAAGAUUUGCAAAAACCUGGGGAUGAAAAGUCGGACUGCACCAGCUUUUCUUCCGAUGCCAUCCAGAGCAUGAAGGAUCUGCUGAGCAAAUUGCCUGGCAGCAACUACAACACUCUGCGGCACCUUAUCGCACACCUGUACAGGGUGGCAGAGAAAUACGAAGAGAACAAGAUGUCCCCAAACAACCUGGGCAUAGUUUUUGGGCCAACCCUGAUCCGGCCGGGCUCGGGGAGUGAUGUCUCCAUGUCGUGCCUCGUUGACUCUGGGUAUCAAGCUCAGAUUGUGGAGUUUCUCAUUCAGAACUAUGAAAAGGUGUUUGGGAUGGAUGACCUGCCCUCAUCCUUAAACCUCGGAUGUGAGAAUCCUUCGCCAGAAGCAUCAAUGGAAAAGGAUGAAGGAUCUCAGAGCCCAAACACAAUCCCGAGUACAAGUCUAGAGAAUUUCUCCUGCAAGCACGGUUUAGACGAGGACUGUGUCUCUGAUAACACCAGGGAAGCCAUCCAUGAGCUGACUCUGGAGGGAGCCCACAGUCCGUUAAGCACAGAUGCCCUAGAGAUGAAUACGAGCGUGGGCUCUGAGCUGGAGGACCUGGAGGACUCUGUGCAGGAGAAGACAGACAGUGAUUCGGACACGGCCCUCGGGACCCAGCCCAGAUGCCAUUUCAGCCGACAACCCGUAAAAUACAUCCGAACACCGGCAAAACCAAAACCAGUCAUUCCCAAUUUGCCCUUGAGGACUACCACGUUAGCCAACGUGGCAACCGAGUCCGGUGCAGGAGGUAACCUUACCGAGAGCAGCUCCACGACGAAGGAUGUCCUGGAGGAGAGCAGCAGGACCAGCGUGACCGACACAAACGCACUCAAGCAGCGCUUGGGAGGGAGACAACAGCUCAAACGUUUUGAGAUCACACAGGAAACAGCCAGGAUUGUCUCCAAAUUUAAAGUCGAUGAUGCUUCUGCGUGCCCUGAGCCUUCUCUGGAGAGCGUGGCAUCUACUGAGAACGAAGAGGACCUCAACCCAGGGACGUACCUAUAG